UGCCUCCUUCCGUUCUCUCUCUCUCUCUCUCUCUCAUGGUCGGUGGAGAAGGAAGAUGAGAUACAACAGAGCGUCAUCAUCUUCAUCCUCCGGCAACGGCAGCAGGAGGUUGACGGUUCCGCAUCUCGUCUGCGUUGCUGCAUUCCUCUGUCUUCUCGUCUUCGUUGCUCAAUCUUCCUUCUUCGCAGGCGAACAGAGUACGGAUCUCGAGGGAGAGGAAGUUCGGGUGUUGUCCGAUUUUCUGUCCGGCGUGCGAAAAUGCGUGGCUAAGAGAGGGCUUGGACUUUACGCACACAUAAUUGAUCAUUGCAACUUAGUCCUGAAGUUCCCAAAAGGCACUAACAGUACUUGGUACAAUGCACAGUUUAAAAUCUUUGAGCCCUUGGAGUACAAGUAUGAUGUCUGUGAGGCCAUCUUAUUGUGGGAACAGUAUCGUAACAUGACUACUGUGCUGACUAGAGAAUAUCUUGAUGCUCGGCCAGAUGGAUGGCUGGAAUAUGCGGCAAAAAGAAUAGCACAACUGGGUGCUGAUAAAUGCUACAAUCGAACUCUUUGUGAGGAGCAUUUAAAUAUGAUUCUACCAUCAAAUCCUCCCUUUCACCCCCGACAGUUUCACAGAUGUGCUGUUGUUGGAAACUCUGGAGAUUUGCUGAAGACGGAGUUUGGAAAAGAGAUAGAUAGUCAUGAUGCUGUAAUUAGAGAAAAUGAGGCUCCUGUUAAUGAGAAAUAUGCCAAAUAUGUUGGCAUGAAAAGGGAUUUCCGCCUCGUGGUUCGUGGUGGUGCUCAAAACAUGAUUACCAUACUGAAUGGGUCUGAUGAUGAGGUACUCAUAAUUAAAAGUUUGACUCAUCGGGACUUCAAUGCAAUGAUAAAGAAAGUUCCAAAUCCUGUCUAUCUGUUCCAAGGGAUUGUGUUGCGCAGAGGAGCAAAGGGAACUGGAAUGAAGUCUAUCGAGCUAGCACUUUCUAUGUGCGAUAUUGUUGACAUAUAUGGUUUCACUGUUGAUCCAGGUUAUACAGAAUGGACUCGUUAUUUCUCUGAACCGAAGAAAGGUCAUAAUCCACUUCAAGGGCGGGCUUACUAUCAGCUAUUAGAGUGCCUUGGUGUUAUCAGAAUCCAUUCUCCCAUGAGGACCGAAAUGAAGCAAGAUUGGUCAGAUGUGCCUAGUCGCGAUAUGAUAAGGAGUGCUCAUGCGGCUGCAUUGUGCUUAAAGAAGGGUCAAGCUGGUCAGAGUGGUGGACGGGGACAGUUUGGUAGUUGUAAGGUUUGGGGCAACGCAGACCCUAAAAACCAAGGGCGGGUCUCUGGUUCAAUAGACAUGAGUGAUGUCAGGAAAUAUUCGAAUUACAGCAAAUGGGAACUCAUGCCUUUAGAGAAGCUAAGGAAGGAAGCACGAGAUCAUUUUAUCCAAAUGGAAGGCGUAUCCCUGUACAAAAUGGAUGGCAACAAGUUGGAUGAUCUUGUCUGUGUACGGCACGCUGUAAGAUCAGAUGCUUGAUCGAUACCUUUUGGUGACUUCAUAUGGGUUGUCUCAUAUCUGAGAGAUUCCAAUUGAGUAUUCAUCUCCCAAUGUCAUGUCUUGGUUGAUGAGGUUGCAAGUGCAA